AUGGCGUCCAGGGGUCUCUCCCUCUUUGGGUCGCGGCAAACCAGGCCGAUAUCGAACCCGCCUCACCAGGAAGACCUCGAUAUGCGCCCGGACACUCGCGAUCAACAAGAGGAACUUGAACCUUUCCUCAUAACCCAGGACACUGUCGAGGAUGAAAGACUUAUGACAAGAAUAUUCCGGCAAAUUUCACGCACAUGGCGCAAGGCGCAAGUGCUCAUCGCUUCGGAGCAGGCUGUCGGCAUCUUCAAGUGCAGCCUUGCAUAUCUACUUGCAUCACUGGCAGUUUUCAUACCAUUUAUUGGCAGCCUUCUGGGUAACCAAUAUGGGAAACAUCUGGUUGCGACUAUUACAGUCUACUUCCACCCGGCAAGGUCACAGGGUAGUAUGUACAAAGCACUGAUAUGCGCUUUCGUCGCAUUUCUUUUCGCGACGUUCCUCUCCUUAUCGAGCAUGUGGGUGACCAUCACUAUUCAGAGAAAGCAUAACUUGAUCGAACUAGGUCAUGCUGUGGUGCUGAUCGUCUUCGUGAUGGGCGGAUUCGGCUUUAUCGGAUGGAUUAAGCAGAGAUUACAAGACCCGCUCGUCAAUGUCGCAUGCUCUCUGGCUUCUUUGGCCUCUAUUCUGGUCAUCACGAAAGAAGGUGCCGUACAGACAGGGGAUCUUUCUUUCACCAAAAUUUCUCAGAUCCUCAGAAUGCUUCUUUUGGGUGUUGGUGUUUCAACGGCCGUGUCCCUAUCAAUAUUGCCUGUCUCUGCCCGGAAGAAGUUCCGAGGAGAUCUUUCUACCUUGACCGGUACGGUGACGGCAAUAUUGAUGAGUACCACAGAGAGCUUUCUGCGCGGUACAGACCGUGAACUCCAAACUGCUGAAUUUACGAAGCUAUCUUCACAUCACGAUAAAGUUUUUGGUCAGUUGAAGAAACUCCUCGGCGAAACUAAGCUCGAGCACUACGUGGCUGGAACGAAGCGAGAACAUUUCCUUGAAAAGCGCUUGGUGGCUCUCAUGCAAGAUAUCACACACGGACUAGGUGGUCUACGCAGUGCAGUAGCUUUGCAGUCUAAGUUACUUGCACCGACUAAGUACACUAGAACAUCACAGUCCUCCGUCAGGCCAGCAGAAUUCUCUAAUCUUGCCAUCCCAAACUACUCAGGGCUCACUGGAGAGCCGGAACCUAUUUCACGGGUAGACGCACAAGAUUUCGGCAAUGGAUCCUCCAGCCUGGUGCCCGAGGUAGGACAGCAGUCCUCUUCAAUUCACUCUCCCGCUGAGAUCUUCGAGAAAUUAACAUCUGGGCUCGAAGUUUCUAUCCUAUCACUUGCUCAUACCCUGCGAGAGACAUUUGCAGAAAUUUCCUUUGGGCCUGCGCCCGAUUAUCGACUUUCAAUCAAUGACGGAGUAACAAAUCGCAUCAAUGAAGCAGUAGAUCUAUACCGAGAAGCUCGACAUGCUGCUUUUUCUUCCCUUCGUCGUGACUGGGAGAUGAUAUCUCCCGCUCAGGUGGACAAGGCCAGCCUUGAGGAAAUCUUCGCGAAUUGCGAGUAUUUCUCCGUCUCGCUCCUUGAGCUUAGCGAGCAGCUGAGAGAGUUGCUAUUAAGCCUAGAGGAGCUGCAGGCUGAGGUUGAUGAAAGGCCUGAUGGAAGGUCAUGGCAGUGGCUGCGUCCUUCGUGGUGGCUGGCUCGUCGAGAACAAGCCAUAGAUCUAAAUGAAGCCCCAUCGUUAAGGCAUGACAGCCCCGCCAUCAACACGCGAAGCCCAUUACGAAUGGCGAAUGUAAGCGACCAGCCUGAAGGGAUGCAUCGAGGGCGGACCCGACACCACAGAGCUAGUGACGAUGUCGUAAGACUGUUCGAUUUCUUGCGAAAGGACGAAAUCAAGUUCGCUCUCAAAGUAGGCAUUGGAGCAGCACUUUAUGCGUUACCUUCCUUCAUAUCGGUGACAAGACCAUUCUAUAUCUCUUGGAGGGGAGAAUGGGGCCUUGUCUCGUACAUGCUGGUCUGCUCUAUGACUAUCGGUGCAUCAAACACCACGGGCUUUGCUCGUUUCCUCGGUACAUGUCUUGGUGGUCUUUGCUCAAUCGCUGCUUGGUACCUUGCUGGAGGUGAUGCUGUCAAGCUCGCAUUGACGGGCUUCGUCAUGGCCAUCGGGCCUUUCUACGUCAUCCUUGUUAAGGGGCAAGGCCCUAUGGGGCGAUUUAUCUUGCUAACCUACAACCUUUCCGUACUCUACGCCUUCUCUCAUUCACAAAUCGAUAUCAAUGACCCGAAUGACGAAGCCGAACACCUCGAUAUCACCUCUAUCGUUCUCCGACGAGUCAUCUCCGUUAUCACAGGCAAUAUCUGGGGAAUCAUCAUUACGCGAGGCAUCUGGCCCAUUCGCGCACGGACAAAACUCAACGAAACUCUGCAGUCGCUGUGGGUUCGACUGGCUCUGGUUUGGGAAUCUGACCCGUUGAAUACGAUAUCCAGGGGUGAUACAGAGCCACCCGUUCUUUACUUGGACUCCCGCGACAAGACUGAGAUAGAGCAUCUCCUCUCUCAACUUGAGCCUAUACAAGCCUCUGCGCGCUCUGAGUUUGAAUUAAGAGAUAAAUUCCCGGAUGCUGCCUAUAGCAAUGUCAUUCGCUGGACGAGAGACAUUGUUGACAAUUUCCAUUCCAUGGACCUGGUCUUGUCCAAUCUCGCUGCACCUUCUGAAGGGCAGAUUUCGCUGUUGCGGCACACAGCCGCUGCUAGACAGAGGAUGUCUGAGUGCAUCGGUAAUUUGCUCAUCAUCAUAGCGUCAACUGUUGAUGCCGGACAUACUUUCAGCGAUAUCCCUACGAAUGUAGAGCGGUCUCGUGAUGAAUUGCUGGCGCAAAUUUCUCGAUAUCGUCAAGACAAGCGAACAUCUCACGGGACGAAUGAUGAGGAUUAUGUGCUACUCUACGCUUAUAUCAUCGUGAGCCGGCAGUUGUCCAACGAGAUUGUUCAAAUCACGACAGAAUUGGGACACAUUUUCCCGGCUUCGGAUCAAGACUUAGUUGGUGCUGUUCGAGUGUAA